UAUUAACAUGUGUAUUAUUGCAUUAUUGCAGAUUUCUAGGAGAGCUGAAAAAGAAAGUGACCAACAAGGCACACGUUGAGGCUUCAAUUUGUCAAGCGUAUCUUCAACAAGAAAUCUCAACGUUCUCGUCUUUUUACUUCGAGCGUGAAGUCAUCACCAGAAGGAAGAGACCUGCCCGGAACGAUGACAUUGGCGAGGAUUUAUAUGAAAAUGUAGUUUCCAUCUUCAAUUACCCAGGCAGAGGUAAAGGUGCUGCGACACAACGAUACAUCCUGGGUGGGGAAUUGCAAAUUGCGCAUACUUAUAUCCUCAUGAAUUGUCCAGAAAUCUCACCGUUUUAUCAUGAAUUCCGAGCUUCUUUAUCAGCCUUUCCUGAGAAUGAAAUAGAUGCGUUGGUGGACUCUGAUUUUGUAAAUUGGUACAAGUAUCAGGUAUAUAUACACACACAUUAAUUAUAUAUAUUACCUAAUGUUUACCUAAUGUUAUUAUUAUGUUUAUAUUUACAGAUCAAUAGUCGUGGGAUUGUCGACCCUUUGUUAGUAUCAUUAGCGUAGGGCCCAGGUGCCAGUGCCAAAGUGUGGCGGCAAUAUGUGAUAAACGGUUACACAUAUCACACAGCCGAUUACGGAGAGGGCCGACCAACAACGAACAGCGGGUUAUGUGUCCCGACCAUCGGUUAUGAUAACUCGGAAACCAGUUUUUUUGGUGUCCUGCAGGAGAUUCUGGAACUUGAGAUGCCUUCUUGUGCGAAAAAAUUGACAUGCGUUCUGUUCCGUUGCACAUGGGUCGACCCCACACGUGGCGUGCGCAAAAAUCCCAAGUAUAAUAUUAUUGACGUCAACCUCUCUCGUGUGUACCCAAAAAAUGAGCCCUUCAUACUCGCCCAACAAGCAGCGCAGAUUUAUUAUGCAGAAUAUCCUUCAACAAGGCGGACACAGAAUCCUUGGGUAUGUGCAUGUCCUGUCCGUCCGAACAAAAUAAAAUCACAAACUCAACACAAGGACGUUGAUCUAGAUGCUUUUCAGCAACAAUUUUUCCAACCUCCGCCUAUUGUUGAGACGGUCAACUAUAACGUUCAAUUAAGUGAUCCAAAUGGCGGACGUGUUGAAGUCAUGCCAGAAACGCACCUUCCGGACCCAACCAUUCCAUCUGAGCGCGAAAUUGAGGAAAUGUAUGUAGCACAACAAAAUGCUCAAUAUCAGGAAGAAGGUGAAUGGAUAGACGGUUCAGAUACAGAAGAAGAUACUGUAUAUGUAGAAAAUGACGAUUCUGAUAGCGAAUAAUUGUGCUGUUGUAAUUUCAAUUUUAUUGACUUCUAAUAUUUGUGCACAUUUCUUCAUCAUUAUAUUACUC